AUGGAGAGCGAUUCAUCGCCGUUUAACUGUUCAACCAAAUAUUCCUUAGCAGACUUUAAAACCGAGGCCUUGGUCCUUGUAGGAGUCAGCAUCAGCACCAGUCUUCUAGGAAUACUUGGUAAUUUGCUGGUUUGUUUAGCAGUGUUCACAACCCAAGGCUUGACAUCAAGCUUCCACUAUUUCAUCUUAAGUCUCGCCUUAGCCGACCUAGCCAUUGCGCUUGUGGAUCAGCCUCUUUUCGUCGCUCUGUUAAUCCGUCGCAUUGAGUCAAAAUGUCUUCCCAGAGUUGAUUUCGCUUUCCGUUUAGUUGGCAACUUCGCGUGCGCAGUCGCCUUGUUGACAUUGGCGUUAAUUGCAAUGGAUCGAUGCUUGUUCGUUGCAAAGAAAUUCAACUACAAGAAUACUAUGACGUGUAGAAAGAAAAUCGUUUUGGUCAUUGUGUGGGUCUUGGCUUGUGUGUAUUCAGUAUCGCGACUUACUGUCGACAAGAAAAUCACAUCUUAUCUCACCACAGCGGUAUUUGGGUUUUGUUACGUUGAAAUGAUUGUAUGUUACGUCGUGGUUUACUAUCAAGUUUUUAAACAGCGUAAAAUACUUGCUGAGUCGCGACACCGAAACACACGGAACAAUACUACAGAGAAUUUACAAGACCAGACAGAGAGCAAUUCAACAGAGAGACGGUUUGCUCGCACCAUAGUAAUGGUUCUUGUUGUUUUCACAGCUGGAUGGUCUUUUCUUUUCUACCUUCGAUUAACUCAACCGGAGGUGGAUUAUGGUAUCUUGUACAACACUGCAAGAACAGUGGCGUUAUCUGCUUCAGCUAUCAAUCCACUCCUAUACUGCUUUAACAACAGGGAAUAUCGAAGAGCGUUUAAGACAAUUUUAAUGAAGUGCUGGGUUGGGGAUUCACAAAAGCGCAGGAGGAAGCAGUACGACAGAAUCAAGUGA